CGAGCUCAAGGUCCUCCUUCUCUCCUCCGGUCUUGGUUACCAUGGCGAUGACGUCAUCUUGCACCACACGCUCAGCCCAGUGACGUAGUUCAGAGGCGGGCGUUAAUCUCCGAGCCUCAGAGACGCGCAGAAAAAACAGCAGCUCCUCCGUUAGCGUGCGCCACAAGACAGCCCUCGACUCCUGCAUCCCCGCCAUUGAGCUUCCUGCAGCACCAUGCGCGAGAUUGUGCACCUGCAAGCUGGCCAGUGCGGCAACCAGAUCGGAGCCAAGUUCUGGGAGGUGAUCAGCGAUGAGCACGGUAUUGAUCCAACCGGAACAUAUCAUGGAGACAGCGACCUGCAGCUAGACAGGAUCAGUGUUUACUACAAUGAAGCCACAGGUGGGAAGUAUGUUCCCCGUGCCAUCUUGGUGGAUCUGGAGCCUGGCACAAUGGAUUCAGUUCGUUCUGGACCCUUUGGACAGAUAUUUAGACCUGACAACUUUGUGUUUGGUCAGAGUGGUGCUGGAAACAACUGGGCCAAAGGUCACUACACAGAAGGAGCAGAGCUGGUGGACUCAGUACUGGAUGUUGUUCGUAAGGAAGCAGAAAGCUGCGACUGCCUGCAAGGCUUCCAGCUCACCCACUCUCUCGGUGGAGGCACUGGCUCUGGCAUGGGCACCCUCCUCAUCAGCAAGAUCCGUGAAGAGUAUCCCGACCGCAUCAUGAACACCUUCAGCGUGGUGCCUUCACCCAAGGUGUCCGACACCGUGGUGGAGCCCUACAAUGCCACGCUGUCCGUCCACCAGCUGGUUGAGAACACAGACGAGACCUACUGCAUCGACAACGAGGCUCUCUACGACAUCUGCUUCCGCACUCUCAAACUCACCACACCAACGUACGGUGACCUCAACCACCUCGUCUCGGCCACCAUGAGUGGCGUCACCACCUGCCUCCGCUUCCCCGGCCAGCUCAACGCUGACCUUCGCAAACUGGCCGUCAACAUGGUGCCCUUCCCACGCCUGCACUUCUUCAUGCCCGGCUUCGCUCCCCUCACCAGCCGAGGCAGCCAGCAGUACCGUGCUCUCUCCGUUCCUGAGCUCACUCAGCAGAUGUUUGAUGCCAAGAACAUGAUGGCCGCCUGCGACCCCCGUCACGGCCGCUACUUGACUGUAGCCGCCGUCUUCCGUGGACGCAUGUCCAUGAAGGAGGUGGACGAGCAGAUGCUGAACGUCCAGAACAAGAACAGCAGCUACUUCGUCGAGUGGAUCCCCAACAACGUCAAGACCGCCGUGUGCGACAUCCCACCCCGCGGGCUCAAGAUGGCGGCCACCUUCAUCGGCAACAGCACGGCCAUCCAGGAGCUGUUCAAGAGAAUCUCGGAGCAGUUCACCGCUAUGUUCAGGCGCAAGGCUUUCCUUCACUGGUACACCGGCGAGGGCAUGGACGAGAUGGAGUUCACCGAGGCCGAGAGCAACAUGAACGACCUGGUGUCCGAGUACCAGCAGUACCAAGACGCCACCGCCGAAGAGGGCGAGUUUGAAGAGGAGGGCGAGGAGGAGGUCGCCUAAAUAGUGACUGCCUGGCGAAAUAAGUGUCCCUUCCACUCCAUCCAUCAUAUUUCAUCCUCACCACAAACCAUUGCUCCACAGGACAAUGAAUGGGUUUUCACAUUCAGUAUCCAUCAAAGACAAUCGCCCCACCCCCUCCCCUCUCCAGGGACAUUUUGAGGAAUUGUAAACUUUUGGUUUGGUUUUGUGUUUCUGAAUGCACGCCAUCAAAAAACCCUCACAUUCAAGUGAAACGCAAGUGAUUUUAACUGUGAAGCCUUUGGAUCUGUGAACGAUGUAACUGGUGUCAGUGUCAAUCUGAAUAAAGGCUACUACUACAUCA